CGCGCUCCUCGCUCGCCCUCCGACUCGGCUCGGGCUGCGAGCGGCCGCCCUGCCCGCGCCCAGAGCCGUCCCACCGGGCUCCUCGCUCCAGACCCAGCACCUCGGCUCCCCAGGGCAGGUCCGAGGCCGCAAGCAGCGCCGCGGGGUGUGGGGCGGACCCAGGAGAUGAAAUGACAACGUCAACCCUCCAGAAAGCCAUUGAUCUGGUGACAAAAGCCACAGAAGAGGAUAAAGCCAAGAACUACGAGGAGGCGCUGCGGCUCUACCAGCAUGCUGUGGAGUAUUUCCUCCACGCUAUCAAGUAUGAAGCACACAGCGACAAGGCCAAGGAGAGCAUUCGAGCCAAGUGUGUGCAGUACCUAGACCGUGCAGAGAAACUGAAAGAUUACUUACGAAACAAAGAGAAGCAUGGCAAGAAGCCAGUCAAAGAGAAUCAGAGUGAGGGCAAGGGCAGUGAUAGUGACAGUGAAGGAGAUAAUCCAGAGAAAAAGAAAUUGCAAGAGCAACUGAUGGGUGCUGUUGUGAUGGAGAAACCCAACAUACGGUGGAAUGACGUAGCUGGGCUGGAGGGGGCCAAAGAGGCCCUUAAAGAAGCUGUCAUUUUGCCAAUUAAAUUCCCACACUUGUUCACAGGCAAGCGUACCCCUUGGCGAGGGAUACUGCUCUUUGGACCUCCUGGCACAGGGAAAUCCUACCUGGCCAAAGCCGUGGCAACAGAGGCCAACAACUCCACCUUCUUCUCUGUGUCCUCCUCAGAUCUGAUGUCUAAGUGGUUGGGGGAGAGUGAGAAGCUAGUCAAGAACCUGUUUGAGCUGGCCAGACAGCACAAGCCCUCCAUCAUCUUCAUCGACGAGGUGGAUUCCCUCUGCGGGUCCCGAAAUGAAAAUGAGAGCGAAGCUGCCCGAAGGAUCAAAACGGAGUUUUUAGUCCAGAUGCAAGGAGUAGGAAAUAACAAUGAUGGGACUCUCGUACUUGGUGCCACAAACAUACCCUGGGUUUUGGAUUCGGCCAUUAGAAGGAGGUUUGAAAAACGUAUUUACAUCCCAUUGCCAGAGGAAGCUGCACGUGCCCAGAUGUUCCGGUUGCAUCUGGGGAGCACACCUCACAACCUCACGGAUGCCAACAUCCAUGAACUGGCCAGGAAGACAGAAGGCUACUCGGGCGCAGACAUCAGCAUCAUCGUGCGGGACUCCCUCAUGCAGCCCGUCAGAAAAGUACAGUCAGCCACACACUUCAAGAAGGUCUGUGGCCCUUCUCGUACCAACCCUAGUGUUGUGAUCGAUGACCUUCUGACCCCAUGCUCACCAGGAGACCCUGGGGCUAUAGAGAUGACUUGGAUGGAUGUUCCCGGGGACAAACUCUUAGAGCCUGUGGUUUGCAUGUCGGACAUGCUGCGGUCUUUGGCCACCACUCGGCCCACAGUGAAUGCAGAUGACCUCCUCAAAGUGAAGAAAUUCUCAGAGGACUUUGGACAGGAGAGUUAAACGCUUCUUCACAUGGGUGAUGAUGAAGGUGGGAGGUUGAUUGGGGCAAAUCCACAGCACUCCCUAUGUCUGGCCAGACAGGGCUCCAGGGCAAAUCCUGAAGUCACUGCAGCAUCCCCUGUGCUGUAUGGCUGCCAGCAGGGGAGCAAGAAGGAAGGGCCUCUGCAGCCACCAAGGCACUCUGCCACGCCUUCAGCACAUGGUGGAUACUGGUUCUUCCUGCUUCUCUCUCCUGGAUGCUCACCAACUCCUUCCCUGCCCUCUGUGUCUUUUUUUUUUUUAAACCUUUUUUGUUCCUCCAAAUUAAUGCUGCUUUGAUUUGUCUUGUUUAUAAAUAAAGAUAAAAUCACCUGGAAGCGUCAAGGAGUGGGAGCCACGAGGCCUCAGCCCCCUGCUCCUUUUCUCCCCAACUUGGCUCCUUGUGAAAAGACUGAUGGAGAGUAAGAAAAGCCAUUCCCACCCUCCUAGGUUUGCAUCCAGGGCCCCAGGUCUUCCAUGCAGGAGAUGGCUUCUGUGAGCAUAAGGCUGUUUCAGUCAGGAGGGACAGCAACCAGGCGGGUCUUCACAGCUGCCUUUUGUUCUGCUGAGUGUGAGAACACGGAACCCAGCCUCUGUCCUGGGUCCCUGGCCUGAAGAUGGUCUAAUAAAUCCUUUUCCCUUCUUGAGUCACCAGACUGAUCUCAUCUUUGACUCUUGUUUUGGGCUCUUUGAAGGCCACUCUUACUUCCAGUAAGACCUUCUGGUUUGCUCUCUCUUAAGCAGAGCAGGAAGUAGAAAUGUUCACCACCUGCCACAACUCUCAGGCCUGCUCUCCAGUCAGGUGGCAAAGCCCCCUGCCCUAAGACUCUGAAGUUUGGCUGUGGUAUUUAAGGCACCUGGACAGCUCUUUCUGUUGUCCAGUGUCCUGAUUAGAGACUGCAAACUAGGAGGCCUGUGGGCCAGACAUGCCCUAUAGCUACUUGGUUUGGCCUGCUGUCAGCACUUAAAAAUCAAGAGUUGAUAUGAAAAUUCAGAUUUCUGGCUUCCAAAGAUUAUGCUGCGCCUGCAUUGCCAUGAGAAAGCCUAUCAAUUGCUACUGAGCAGGAGCAGCCCUGUUCAGAAGGGGUCCUCCAUCCAUUUGUGUUACCUGUGAGGCGGCCACUAGCAUUGGUGCCUCCUGAUAGCCCUGGAAAUGCUGUGUGACAGAGCAUCCACAGUAGAGGCUAUCCUACUUGUACACAUAAAAGGCCUGGCAUAGGAAAUAAAAGAUUAUAGUCUGUGAAGGAGGUGUUCUAGCCUUUCUUCCUCUUGAACCAGUAUUCUGUAUUUUAUUUUACUGGUGCUAGGGAUUAAACUCAGGCCUUUGCACCUGCUAAGCACCACUCUACCAGUGAACUAUAUGCCUAACCUCAAUUCUUGUAUCUUUAUUUUUGCUGUACUGGGGUUUGAACUCAGAGCCUCAUGAUUUCUGGGCAGGCACUCUACCACUUAAGCCACACCCCAGCCAAUUCUUUUAUCUCUAAAACAUGAAUGGGCCAGAACUGAUUCCAUGGUCACCUUUUUGAUCAUACUGGUCUUGCACUGUGUUUUCUUUACUCUGGUUAGGAGUGAUUGCUGACUCGAACAUUUGAUCAACAGCUUAAAGGACGGGGUCCAAGGCUAUUCUCCAAUGCUGGUGGGUUAGGCACCUCCAACCACACUCCACCCCCAUUACCUGUGGCAUUCAUGGACGUGACAUCCGGAGGACACUUCUAUAGUAACUGUGAUUAGGAUCUUCGUCGUUUGGGAGUGAUCACAUGAUCUUCUUGUAUGUGCCUCAAUAUCAGUUAAGUCUAAAUUCUGGAAUAUAAAUCAGGAUAUGAAACUGCCUCAUAUAUAGAACUUCACUUCAGCUAGUUGAGUGUUUUUUAAAUUUUACUUCCAGUUACCUUGAGUCAGAAGGUCCUUGCUUCUUUUUUCACCUGCUUCCUCAUUUUCACUGCUUAAACACUUGGUCAGCCACAGGUGUAAGAAGCUUCAGGGCUGUUAUGGCUCAUCCUCAUGGCUCUAGUUAAGUGUGUCCACAGACACCUGCCUUUCCAUUUGUCUUUCUCCAUGAUCAGCAACAGAAACUACUACUGAUGCUGAACUCACCUGGGACUGAAGCCAAGGCCCAAUGCCUUGAGCUGUCAGCACAUGACCCGACAUCAGCUCUGUUAAACAUGCAGUGUGUGUAGAGGAAUUUCCUCCCUUAAUUAGGUUCACUGAAAGUCACUUCUCUACUAUGGGAUUCUGGUCUAAACUUCUGCCUAUGUUGGCUUUCACCACGCAGCUGAUUUCUAAAACUUUCAAUUAGUUCAAGAUGCUGAUUUGUGGGUUGGCACAGUGGUUCAAGUGAUAGAGGGCCUGCCUAGCAAGUGCCAGGCUGAGUUAAAACUCCAGUACCACUAACAAAGAUGCUGAUUUGUCUGUGAGGUAUUUGUGACUGAUACCUACCUUGGGUAGAAGAGAUUUUAUUAGAAAUGUAAGGAUUUGUUGUUACUGGUCAAUAUCACAAAGUAAACCUUUGAAGACUAUAAAGAUGUGCCUGUGGCUCAUGCCUGUAAUCAUACAUGAUACUCAGAGGCAGAGAGCCAAGAGGAUCAUGGUUUGAAGCCAGCC